ACUAAUCCAGAAACCUCUCUCUCUCUCACGCCAAAGCUCACGCCUGCACCCUCCACCAUGAAGGUCUCUGUGGCACUUCUGUGCCUGGUGCUCACAGCAGCCACCGUCAGCUCCCAGGAGCAGGCUCAGUCAGGUGCACCAUUGAUGCCAAUCACCUGCUGCUUUAGCACUAUCAACAGGAGGAUCCCCAUCCAGAAGCUGCAGAGCUAUACAAUCACCAGCACCCAAUGUCCAAAAGUAGCUGUGAUCUUCAAGACCAAACGGGGUAAGGAGAUCUGUGCUGACCCCAGUGAGAACUGGGUCAAGAAUUCUAUGACGCUCCUGAACCAAAACUCUCAAACUCCGAAGCCUUGAACCCUCGCACAUGGCCUGAGAGUCAGAGCCUGAAGAUAAACCUUCUGUGUAUUUUCCCCAGGGGCAGUGUGACAGUAUUUUACCCUAAUAGAUGAAAAGAGGUGCUUUGCUUAUUAAUUCAAAACACAAUAAUUCUUAAUCAUAUUUAAGUCAAUUAUAUUUUGACUUAAUACACCAAACAAAGUGAAUGUAAAAUGCAAAAUCCUGGUGAUGUGGUUCUAUUUAUGUAUUUAUUUUGUCUAUGAAGUCAAAUUCCUGGCAACAUGUCAUUGUCCUCCCUCCCACCCACCUGAGGGGAUUAUGAGAUCCAUCCAAGGGCAUUGAUACAUACACAUUCUUCUUUAUUCUCUAUUUUGGGGGGAAACAGUGCCCUUUCAAGUCAAGUGUGUGCUUUAUACUGUUAUGUUUAAAAUAAUGUCAUGAUAUGAUUCUGGAAUCUUCUAUGGGAAAAAUAUAUCAUUUUAAGCUACUUACUCUUA